AGAACUUAGCCAAGGUUAAGCACCAUAAAUUUGUAUUCGCAUUUGGUUUAAAAGAUCGUUUAUAAGUGCUUGACAUGUUAUUGAAUAUUAGUUAAGUAUUUUUAAAGUUUGUACACAUGCGUUGUGUUGAGGAGGAGUGUUCAUAUAUAUCGAUAUAUAAAUCGGUCAGCUGUUUGUUAGUUUGGUAGAACAGAAAAAUAAGCACUUUUCCAACAAAUUUUCCGAAUGGGCGACUCCAACAAAGAAGACAUUCUGCACCUGCCGAACGGCGAUGCUCUGACCGGAGAUGAGGUUAAGUCGCCGUUUUUGAUUGGCGUGGCAGGAGGCACGGCCAGCGGCAAGUCUACCGUGUGCAAGAAGAUCAUGGAGCAACUUGGGCAGGCCGAAAUGGACCAUACACAGCGCCAGGUGGUGGCUAUCAGCCAGGACAGCUUCUAUCGCGAGCUGACAGCCGCCGAGAAGGCCAAGGCACAGAAGGGCCUGUUCAACUUUGACCAUCCGGACGCCUUCAACGAAGAGCUGAUGUUCGAUACACUUCAGGGCAUCCUCAAGGGUCACAAGGUGAAGAUACCCGGCUAUGACUACCGCACCAAAGGCAGAGCGUUGCAAGCGAUAUUGCAUGUUAUACGAAGCCCCGAAUGGAUCAUGGGUGGCGGCAACACCCACCACUCUGGGGAUCUCUCGCUGAUCGGGCGACGGAUUAGUCACAUCGGCACCCAAAAACAUGGUGUUCUUUAGCAGACAGUGAAGGUCAUCCCUUAGCUUGUGAUUGGUGCCGUUCAGUUUGGAAUUGACCUUAAGUAGAACGUUACCAAUAACCUGCGCGUUACAUUUACGCUCGACUGUGAUCUGCUUGAUGCAUUGUGUGAGAAUGCCAUCCUGCAGCUCCGCCUUUUACUUCACGACAUCAAAAAAGCGACCGAAAUUUGGUAUAAUAACGAACACCAAACGAUUAACCUAAUAUAAGCCAACUAGGUUUUUAAAUUUUCCACCGAAAAUAAUGAAAAUUUAACCAUUUCAUAUAUUGUAUGCCAUAUUGUAAGAAAAGCAGUCAAGGUAUAUAACGUCAGAACGAAUAUAUGUAACUAUAACAGUAUUAAAAUUAAUGUCGCACCCAGUGUAAGGAAAGCAGUCAAGGUAUAUAUAACGUCAGAACGAAUAUAUGUAACUAUAACAAUAUUAAAAUUAAUUUCGCACCCAGUGAUGGGUGGAUAAGUGCCGGAGCCGGAUAAGACACUGCGCGGUCGCAAGGAGGAAACAUGUGACAAAGAUUGUAUGUCAAUUGCUGCAGUACAUCAAUAUCCAAGUUGCCCGUAUUCUCAAAUAGGUUGUAACGCGUCCGCUUUGCCGUCGCCUGAAUCGACUGAUGGCUGACCAUGAAGAACUGGAUCUCAUUGGAAUGGACAAUGGUGCGAUCGACGACGGUUCCCGGAACAACAUUGUUGAACUUAUUGUAUUGCGAUGGAGCUCCGUUCGGAAAGAAGCGCGUAUGAUGCCGGUUAACUACAAUGACGCAGCAAAUCUUGGGUUUGAUAUGCAUCUGAAAGGAAGCGAAGCAGGCCGCAGAAAUCCCCCUCAACUCUUCAUUCUUAAUCUUGGGAAACUGUCCAUCGCUGCCACCAUCACGAUAAUAGAUAAUGUGCUCGGGAUAGGAUAUGCGGAACUGAUGAUAGACACGCAAGUGCUCAAGAGCUACCGACUCCAUGUCCUCAAUCUCCUCCAAGGCAGAGCGUUGCAAGCGAUAUUGCAUGUUAUAUGAAGCCCCGAAUGGAUCAUGGGAGGCGGCAACACCCACCACACUGGGGAUCUCACGCUGAUCUGGCGAUGGAUGAGUUACAUCAGCACCCAAGAACAUCGCAUUCUUUAGCAGACAGCGGGGGUCAUCCUUUAGCUUAUGAUUGAUGCCGUUUAGCUUGGAAUUGACCUUAAGUAGAACGUUAACGUAACGUUCUAAGUAGAACGUUAACGUAACGUUCUAAUUAAAGUUAAUUCCAAACUGAACGGCACCAAUCACAAGCUAAGGGAUGACCUGCACUGUCUGCUAAAGAACACCAUGUUUGUGGGUGAUGGUGUGACUCAUCCGUCGCCCGAUCAGCGAGAGAUCCCCAGAGUGGUGGGUGUUGCCGCCACCCAUGAUCCAUUCGGGGCUUCAUAUAGCUUGUGAUUGGUGCCGUUCAGUUUGGAAUUGACCUUAAGUAGAACGUUACCAAUAACCAGCGCGUUACAUUUACGCUCGACUGUGAUCUGCUUGAUGCAUUGUGUGAGAAUGCCAUCCUGCAGCUCAGCCUUUUACUUCACGACAUCAAAAAAGCGCCCGAAAUUUGGUAUAAUAACGAACACCAAAUCAAAUUGAUUUCGAAAAAAUGAGCAUCCAGUUCACGUUCAUCUUUGUAAUUCUGUUUCUCGUCCUUGGUAUCCAAUGGUGUAUGUGUAUCCAUGAAAAUUCUAAGCAAAAAACCAUUAAAAAUAGAUCUUAUUGUUUUUAUUUUCUAAC